UCGAGGUGAGACGAAGCCGCUGAAAGUGGGUGGGACCAAUCAGAGACGCUGGGGGCGUUGACGCAUGCGCCAUCGCCAUAGACAGGUGACGGUAGAAGAUUCUGGGCCCGAGUUGUCUGUAGAAGCGUCGUGAUGGUGGCGCAGCUGAGGCUGCUGCCGCUGUUGGUGGUGCUGACGGCGACCGGGACGGCUUGGGGCUGGGCGCAGCAGGAGAAAAUCUUGUUGAGAGAAGUCCAAGCUCUGACACUCUACCCAGGCCAGUACACAAAUUAUCGACGGUCUUCUCCAAUUCCCCAGUUGCAAUGCACUGGAGGUACAGCUGGAUGUUCAGCAUACACCCCUGACGUUGUCCAGUGUUACAACAAAGGCUGGGAUGGCUAUGAUGUACAGUGGGAGUGUAAAGCACACUUGGAUAAUUCAUAUUGCUUUGGAAAAAUUGAUGUAAACUGUGAAGGUUAUGAUUAUCCAGAUGACCCUUACAUACUGAAAGGAUCGUGUGGCUUGCAGUACACUUUGGAGUUAGCAAAGAAUGGACAGCAAAAAACUAGCUACUUUGGUAGCAAUUACCAUUCCACAACUUCUCAUGAUUCAUUAUCUUCCGGUGCUGGAGUGGUCCUGGUAAUAUUAUUUGUGGUCCUUGCUUUUGGUGUCUACAAGCUGUUCCUCUGUGAUAACCGGCCUCGACAUGGUUUCUCUUCCAAUGAUGGAUAUUCAGGAUCCUACGGGCAGGAUAAUCAAAGCCCACCUUCUCCAGGUUUUAAACCAAGCUUCACAGGAGCUGCUGGUGGUUCUAGGUAUGAUUCUAAUUCAGGGCCAGGUUUUUGGACAGGAUUAAGUGCUGGAGGGCUACUAGGAUACUUGGCUGGCAACCGAAGGUCACCUUCAUACCAACCAUCUUCUCCAUACUACAAUACUUGGGGUGGUUCGACUGCUACACCUCCAGCAUUUGGCACUUCAAAUGGCUUUACAGCACCUCAGAGUUCAGGGACAAGGUCCACCUCCGGUUUUGGAGGCACAAAAAGGAGAUGAAUGGCUCCUGAUCAGCUUGAACAAGUGAAUAAAAGCACCUUUCCAGCAAUUCCAAACCCCAUUUAAGCUUGUUUGCUGGAUGACUUGUAAGAGUCCAGCUUUGGAUUCAGUUGUACAUAAUCCUAUUUCAUCCAUUUGAACUAUGUGUUGUUAGGUUUGAGGUGUGAAGAAAUGCUGUUUUGAAUAAUUGUUUGAUAAAAAAUAGAGAGAAGGCAGAUACAGAAAUUUAACCAUUAAGAAACUGAAAGUAAUUCAAAUGGAAAGCAAUGGGACUUCUUUAAGAAAAAAAUAAUUUUUGAGCAGUAAAUGUCCCUCCUCUGCCAACCCCGCACAUGUGUUGAGGUAUAUCUCAUUGAAGUGAAUAGGGCUUACUUCCAAGCAGCUGUGCAUAGGGUUACAGUCCUUUUUCUACAAACCAGAGGGAUGUGUGAACUGGCUCCUCUGACACAACUCCUCUUCACAGUCUUGCUGAAAGUAAAAGCUGUGAAUGUUGUCUACUUCCCUGCUCUCUGGAAAUGAACAAAUGUUUGCAUUUUUAAAAACAAUCUGAAAAAUUCACUUUAUAUCUUAAAUUAAAACAUGUGUAACAGCAACUUACAGCAGAGGUCAGAGUAGGUGUGAUUGUUCAUUUUAGCAACUGUUCAUACCUGAAAUGAGUAUGAAUGUAAAAUACCCUUCUCUCAACUGAAAUACUACUUUAAUUCAAAAUCCAGUGUCUCUGAUUGUAUUGUAUUGACAGCCAUCUCUCUCUCUCUAAAUUUUUACAGAGUUGUCUUCUGGGUGGUGGUUUAUAAUGUGUACUUUCCAGUAGAUUGAAGAGUAACACAUUGGAGGAAGGCAGUGGGAAACCAUCUGAGAUCUUCCCAUCUACUAAACCAUUUUUCUUUUGACUUUUCUGUCUUGGUUGGAAAAUAGGCUUGGGAUUGUGCUUCUUUAUUGCUGCCCUUUACCCUACUUUUGCUAUCCUUCCUUUUUUACUGAUUCUGCUUACUAUCUUAUAACAAGAGAGACUAGUUCCAACAGCAAAUAUUAAACCAAAGUGCAGAAUUAAAAAUAAUGUAUGGAAAACUAACAUUGAGUAAUAAAAGAAGCAUUUCUUUUCAUUACAGAAUAUGUACAGCUUUUGGUGGAAGCACCUGAAACAUCUUAAGGUUUCUGCAUAUAUUCAAAUGCAACACACACAAAGUUUUAAACUCAGUUUCGUUUAAAUCACUAUAACUUGCCUUUCCUCAGCAAGAACAGUUAAUAAAUGUCUUUUUGUACAUUCUAAGAUCUGUUUCCCCUACUGGAAAAAUAGCUGUUCCUGACAAAUUACUGCCUUUCCUAGCCAAAGGCCAGCACAAGGAAGCGAACAUUAUUAUUAAUAAACAUUUAUAUAUUUUCACCGAA